GAGAGGAAGGAGCGUCUGAGAGAGAGGGGGAGAGGGGGGGGGAGUGCGAGUUAGGGCACGCCAUGGGGCUGCUCAGUAUGGACCUGAUCAUGAAGCUGCAGAUCCUCCCGGGAUUUUUCUCCAACUGCCUGUUCCUGGCCGCGUAUGACUCGUUCGUGCUCCUCAGGCAGGCGGUCUCGCUGCUGAGCUGCUCGGGCCUGGGGCCGGACCCCCAGCACCGGAUGCUGACGGCCGAGGGCAUGCAGGUGGUGUGGCAGAGCUUCCUGCUGGACGCCCUGAAGCAGGUCAAGGUGGGCCUCGAGGCGCCCAACUCCGCGGUUGCCCGGCUGGACGGGGGGGCCCCCUGCCGCCUCUUGGACUUUGCCAGCCGGGACCGUCCCCUGGUGGUCAACUUCGGCUCGGCCACUUGACCGCCGUUCGUCAGCCGGCUGCCGGCUUUCCGCCAGAUGGUGGAGCGAUACGCGGAGGUGGCCGACUUCCUGCUGGUGUACGUGGACGAGGCCCACCCGUCCGACGGCUGGGCCCUCAGGUCCCGCUUCCAGCUGCGGAGGCACAGGAGCCAGGAGGAGCGGUGCUCGGCCGCCGGGCUGCUGGCCAGGGAGUUCGGGCUGCCCGCGGCCUGCGGGGUGGUGGCCGACCUCAUGGACAACAACGCCAACCGGGCCUACGGCGUGGCGUUCGAGCGGCUGUGCGUGGUGCAGAGCCAGAAGAUCGCCUACCUGGGCGGCAAGGGACCCUUCUUCUACAACCUGAACGGGGUGAGGGAGUGGCUGGAGAGGCACAGCGGUCAGAGGUGGGGCUGAGCGUGCGCGAGAAGGGGGGAGGUGGCGCCAAAGGCGGAGGCGCGGAGAGGGACGCCGGGCGGCGGGGGAGGGGGAGAUUCCCCUCUCGCCCCCGACGUGGCCCCAGAGACGGUUCCCAAAAGAACGACGCAAUUACCCUCUUCCACCCCCACUCGCCCCUCGCCCUUCACAGACACUGAAGGCCACGCCACGCGCGGCACUGCCCCACACCUUACGGACGCACUGCGAGCGCAAGUUGCCGCUGUCGUUGGAUUCGCAGGACUUUUCUCUGGUGACGGACGUGAUGGACCUAUAGGCCGACAAAUGGAGUUUGAUUUUUUGUUUACGCACACGCAUCUAUUCAUCUAUUUUUUUAUAAUUUAUUACGCUAAAACAAUUGGACGGCUAUGUGAGCGCGAUUGGAUACUUGCCUGGAGUCGUGUGCGCGUGCGUGCGUCUGUGUGUGCUUCUGUGCAUGUGUGUGUGUGUGU